UUUGAUAUGAUGGUGAGUAUGAUCCGUUGAAAACCCCUAAUUAAACCCUAACACCAAGAACAACAUACAUCAUGCUUCCAUUUCUGAACCCGAAAAGCAUGCAGUCCCCAAAAUCUAUAAUCAGCAUUUCUAAGCUAAACCCUAAAUCCCUCUGCUUCUUCUAUUCGUCCGCAUUCUGUCAUCGUGAUCCUCACCUAGCUCCAUCGCAUUACCGUUUCAUCUCCUCCACCAACUCCGUUUGCUCAUGGAUGGACUCCAUCAAAGGGGUGUUCACCGGCAAAAAAGCCGACUCCAAAGACACUGUGGAAUCAUUCACGCUUCUUCGUUUUGCUGAUGAGCUGAAGAAUGCAAGGAGGGUUGGGUCAUUCAAGCAAUUCAUUGUGGGUCGAAGCAGUGAAGCAACAUUUGCCGACGCUUUUGAAAAAAUGGAGGGGAUUGUUCGAUAUCUCCAUGGUUUUGAUCCUACUGGAGAGAACGUGCAAACCUCCCAAAAGCAAGAAGCAGCAAAGCACUGUAAUUGCACAAUAGCUGAUGUUGAGAGGGCGCUUGCACAAUUUACGUGGGCCAAAGAAGCACAAAAGAAGCUACAGAAGUUAAAGGAAGAAGGAAAACCUGUUCCAAAGAGCAUUGCUGAGAUGCAAAAAAUGAUGGGAUCAACACCAUUAGAACUUGCAAGGUCUAAUUUGGCUAAGAGUGGGCAAUUAAGCAGAAAUGCAUUCUGUCCAUGCGGUUCUAAGAAGAGAUACAAACGGUGCUGUGGAAAGGAUUAGGAGGUUUGAAAGCUAGAAUGGAAGAAGAGCACUGACGAUCAUGCUUGGAUAGUUGGGUAUAACCGUAUAAGAAACUUGAAAUGUGGGCUAAGAUGCACCGUCUCAUGGACUUCUCAAUAUGGUCAUUUUUUCUUUUCAAACUCAAUAAGGUCAUUUGAUAAAUCUUGCAUAGACAAAUUUGCCAAAGAUCAGCUUCUUUUCAUUUUUGACCCUUGAAGUCUCAGGGUUGUUUUGUUUCACUGGGCUGCAAGUUGCAACAUGUAUUAUUAGUUUUCUGGAUGUGCUACCACUAAGAAUGUAGAACAGUGGUUGUUAUAGGAUUUUGCUCUUGACGACUAGGGAUUUCUUUUCUCUCCCCCCCCCUCUCCACAAAAAACUAAAGUUCAAAGGCACCAAGAUAUGAUGAUCAACAUCCCGAAUGCAUAAGAUGCCAAAGUUGUAAGGCACCUAAUCUACAGACUAUGAAGUUUGUGAACUGCUUGUAAAUCCCAAGAAACAUGCAGUGAGAUAGAUCAAAUCCGGGAGACUAGGCCAUGAGCUGAGACAUGGUCAACUUUCCAAUCAUUCAUUGGGAAAUUUGAACUGAGCUUCUUGGAUGUGCUUCAUAUGGUGCCUGAGGAAUCUGAGAGAAUUUUGCAAGUGGAAGUAAAAUUCAAAGCCAUCUUGAAAUAUCUCAAGAUUCCAUGAUUUGUUGUUUUUCACCUUUGAAUCCCACAUGGCACUAGCCAACUUGCUGCACACAAGCUUGUUGAAAGCCUACUGGCAAACAUAAGAAUAUGGUUGAACCAGGCUGUGUUUAUUCUUAAAGCCAUCAUUGAGAUUGUUCUGUUGUA